UUUCAAAACUUUUGUAGACUAAAAUGAAAGUUUAUAUAUUCGGAGUAGCUCAGGUAUUGCUUUAUUUUUGUUUUUUCCCCCAGGUGUUAAAAGUUUGAGUUUGAGGUUUUCGCCUUUUUUAAGCGUUAGAAAAUGUCUUCUGCUAACACUUAGUAGCAGCCAAAAUUGAAGAAGAAAGAGUAUAAAAUUAUACAGCUGACAACAAUGGACCAUUUGGUUUUUCAACUUCAAAUCCGUCCCAGCAGAUGCAUUUCUGAGUGAGAGAAAGAAAAAAAUUAUUGGUGUCUCGUAAAACUAAACUCUUUGGUGUUACUGGUGGAGUGCUCCAGGGAUCAGUGCUUAAGCCUUUGCUUUUUAAAUUUUAUUACUUAUCUUUAUAAUAUUGAACAUAUUGGUAGAAUCAUAAUUACUAAAUUAGUGAUGUCAUUAAAUUUAAAUUCCUGGCAUUAAGUAUCCAAAUACUAUAGCUUGAUUUGAGAAAGAAAGAAAAACUGUUAUUUAUGAAAGAAAACGAAAUGGACUCUAAUAUAAUUAUGUCCCAUCCAAGUGUUCGAGUGAGAGGAAUGGAGGCAAACUUCACACCAGCUAAAUGCAGAGAUCCUGUAUGCAUAGAUAAUUCUUCACAUAUGCAUUGUCCAUUCUGUGCCAAGACCGAGAUCUAUCACGACACAAAAAUAUUAAAAGCCCACUAUUAUGUAAAACAUGUUGACAAAGGAAUUGACUUUGCUGGUUUAAGAAUCCUAAGAUGCAGUGACCACUGUGAUAUAAUAGGGCUCAUCAAAGGUGAAAAAAAGUUUAAAGGAGCCCACUGGCAUUGCUACAAAUGUAAAAAUGGAUUUAAUCGUAGGAAUGAAGCCAUCAAGCAUUACAAAACACAUUUUCGACAUCCAGGAACAACAUUUCAAAUUCAUAUAUCUCAGAAUGUUGCAAGAACUGAAGAUGUAAAUUUUUCAUCUGAACCCACUACAGCUGAAAAAUCACUUCUGUUCUCCGUGAACGGCAUGUCUGCCAUUAUUCUCAAUGGGCAAGGUAAUAGUGACAGUGAAGGGACUUGUGCUAUGGCAAAUAUUUCUGAAUCUUCCGGUGAAGUGGAAACUGCUGAUAUGAUGAUCGUUCAAGAAGAAGAUCCUUGUGGAGUAUCAUCAUCAAUUGUUAACUCUUCAAACACAGAAGAAACAGAAGACAGUAUAGGUGAAGAUCUUAAACUGGAUCUUAAAACCCAUAUCAAAAAGUUAAAAGAUAAAGAAAUACGUGAGAAAGCACUUGAAAAAGAAAUCAUAGAAUUAAAGGCACAGCUUCUAACCCAUAAAAAGGAGCUGGAGAAGGCCCAUCAGAGAGAACAAAAGUUGUUAAAGCAACUGAACAAAUCUGUAAAUGCAAAACAAGAAGAACUUCCACUAUCCUUUCAGAGUCAACCAUCUGAAUUUUCCAAACAACAAAUAAUACAGUUCCAAAUCCAGAAACAAGAUGUGCAGUGUCCUGCUUUGGCCCUGGAUACAUGUUCUGGCUUCUUGUCUCAGACUGUUCCAAUGUCCAUUUGCAAUCAUAUUCUGCCUCCUGUGCCUGUAUCAAUGACAGUUGAGCCCACUUUGCAACCACACAUGGUUACUUCAUCAACUUUUACUUCUACUCACCAGUCUUUACCAUCCUUCUCUGAGAACUCUUUGACUCCCAAAGACAGUGAUUUUCUUAGUUUCACAUCUGGAAAAUCUAGCAAUGAACUAAAUAAAGCCCCAUUUAUUGUGACUGUUUCUCAGGUAAACAGUGUGCCAAAGGUCAACUCAGCCUCUUCAUCAGGCACUGAUAACUUGCCAUCACAUACUGGAAGACUAGGCCAACCCAUCAAUGUGGUCAGUAUUCCAGUGGUGACAUCUGUACCGAAAGGUUCUCAGAUCCUUAGUGGAUGUAACUUUGCCAGUCCACAAAAAACAGCAUUGUCAUUGUCUCCACCAAUAAUAUGUUCUGCACCAAACAACCAAGUUCCAGGACCACCUUAUGGUUUAAAGGGAACAUCUUCAAGUUUUACGUUUAUGCAGACAGUGCCGGCCAGCACUGAUUUAGCCUCUAUACCAUCUCAGAAUUCACACACAAGUAGUGGUUUUUCUUCUGUAUCAUCUAUGUCAAAAACUUGUAAUGUGGGAGAAUCUCCUAGUAACUAUUAUUUGGUGCAAACCAACCCCAUCAGUUCAGGUGCACCGUAUGUUUCAUCUGAUGUGUCAAAAAAUAUGACUCUUUCUCCCUCUUCAUUACCAAUUACAAAGCUAUAUGAGUGUGAAAGAAUCUCUGAUAACCUUGCGUUAGCACAGAGAAGUCCCAAUAACUUAAGUAUUUCAAACGUUUCACCCAUUUUAGCACAUACUGUAUCAGUCUCAGCUUUUCCAUCAUUUACCACAAAAGCAAGACAACAUGCUAGAAACUCUAGUGAUAAUUUAGUUGUUCAUGUAGUUCCUGUCACCUCUUCAAGCCCUGGGAAUACCCAUUCAACAUUCACCACAAGAGACUCUGAACCACUAAAGGAGGCAUUGCCAUCCUUCUGUAUUCCAGCCACCACUGGACACCUAAUUAUGCCUCUUUCUAAAGAAUUGGUAACAACUGGUGGAAGUGCAUGCUUAACUUUAUCAGAGAUGGUGGAGUCAUCUUCUUUAGAGGAGAGUUCCUUUAGUAAAGCUCUGUGUGCUGCACCUGUUGUUGUUGAAUAUACUAUACCAUCCACUUCAUCCACUGGAAAAAGGGUGCUGAGCCCUGGUAACACACAUAACAAAAGAAUCAAAUAGAAUUAAAUCAAUUUGCAAUGUUUCAUAGCUCUUGUAGAUUUAUUGGAUUAACCUGUAAACAAAUAAUUGUAAAGACUAACAUACUAAGAUCUUAUGAUUAAGUAUUGCCAGACUUUUACUCAUUAAAGAAACAUUGAAUUUCUUCAAUGUGCAACUAUAUUUAUUUUAUGCAAUAAAAUCCUUGUAGAGUCAUGCAUGAAACAGAACUAAUUAAACUUUUGUGCACAUUAAGCCUGAAGAAGAGAAGUUGCAUAUAACAUCCCUGGAUAAAAUAAAUUUGAAUCUAUUUCAAUGUUGUAUUUUUAUGUUAUAAUAUUGCAUUUAUCUUCCAACGUUGUAUGGAUUCCAAUUCUUGUGGAAACUUUAUUUAUUUAUCUUAUAACAAUGGUUUCCAACGUUAAUGUAACUCUCUAAAUUAGUUGGUCUGAGUUUUAUGUUGCAAAUGUACUUGUGCCUUCUAGGUUGUUUGAAUAGGUGUAUUAAAUACAUUAAAAGCCAUAUAUUUAUAUGCAGUCAGUAUGAUUGCCUAUCUUUGCUUUGUGAUUUCAGUCUUGAAAUUAGCUUAUUUUUUAAAGUUUUUACAUAUUAAACAUAUGACUUCAUUAUUUUUUUAUAUUUAGUUAUCAGUGUAGCCUCAGUUAUUAAAAAGAAUGCCAGUUUCUGUUAGAAACCUGUAAUUUUUCUGGUGAUUUUGAUAUAUGCAGUUCUGUAAACUCUCCUCCUUUUCUUGUUAUGCUUAAUGUUGUUGCUCCCUAUCAAAGUACAGUUUUGUGAACACUGUUUACGGUGUUCUGAUUUUGUAAAAAUAAUAUAUGGAAGUGAUUUCCAUACAAGAAGUUUUAUGAACAUAUUGUCUUUUACCAAAGUGUAAGAUGAGAGUAAUGUAGGAGUUUAAUAUGAAUAAAAUGUACAUAUGUAUUAUACAUAAAAAGUCUAGGUAAAGUUUAUUAUACCUACUUUUACUUGUGGUCUGUAACUUCAGUAAUGAGUUUUGUAUAGUUUACUAAUAAAAUUUUGAGUUUUAUUGUAUAGUUGCUUAUGUUGCAAAAUUAUGAUAUCACAAUUUUCCAUCAUCUGGAUGGAAUUAUAGCACGUACAUGUACUUAUAUACUCAAAUUGAAGUCAGAUUUGCCUAUGUGUAAAAACUAAUUAUCAGUGAAUGAAGUUAGUAAAAUGUAUUUUUCCUAUGCAGUGAAUAUUUUGCAUUAAAUUGUUUCAGUGUUCUAUGUAAAUUGGUUUCUUUUACCUGUGGCAAGUUUUAAUUAUUGCUGUUUAGUGCAAAACCUAAACCAUAUUGUUGCAUGUAUAAUAGCACUAUAUAGAUUUAAAUUUUUUCAUUAUUGUGGAACAUUAAAGAUUUUAUGUUUUCAUAAUUCUAGUGUGAUAUACUUUGUAGUUACAAUAUGUAAAUUUAGUAAUAUGUAGGACUAGAUAUACAAGAUCAGAGAUUCUAAAUGGCUUUAAUGGAUUGUUACUCAAGUAGAGUUUUGAAAUCAUGAUACUAAGCUACUGUAAUCAGAAGUUCUUAUAUAACAUGUCUACUGGAUGAUUUACGUGUAUUUAUAUUCGUAUGUGCUAAGAAGAUUCAGAAAAUCUGUUAUGCUCACAAAGAAUGAACUGGAAAAUAUUAUAGGAUCAUAGGCUUUUUUUUUUUGUCAUAUCAUAUACAUGUAUAUGAUUAUACAAGAUAUGUAAAAAUUGAA